UUCUUCCUCUGUCUCACUCUGCCCCCUCCUCACAUGCAAGAAGAGUCUCUGUGAGAAUUGAGCGAGAAAGUUCAGUUCACACAUUUCUAGAGAGAGCAAGGGGAGUGUUUUUUGGCGAUGGCGGCUAGGAUUUGGAGUGGGUUGCUGGUGGUCUCGGUGGCGCUUGUGGCGUUGCUGAAUGUGUCGCCGGUGGCGGCGGAGGAUGAGGUGGAAAAGGUGUUGACUUUGGACCAUUCGAAUUUCUCGGAAGUCGUGUCGAAGCACAGCUUUAUCGUCGUUGAGUUCUAUGCCCCUUGGUGUGGCCACUGUAAGGCUCUUGCCCCAGAGUAUGAAAAGGCUGCAUCUAUAUUAAGCAGCCAUGAGCCCCCCAUUGUUCUGGCAAAAGUUGACGCAAAUGAAGAGAAAAAUAGGGAAUUGGCCACUGAAUUUGAGAUCCAGGGUUUUCCUACCAUUAAGAUCUUAAGAAAUGGGGGGAAAAGCAUCCAAGAUUACAAGGGCCCUCGUGAGGCUGAUGGUAUUGUUGAUUACUUGAAGAGACAAGUUGGUCCUGCGUCUGCUGAAAUUAAAUCAGUGGAAGAUGCUGCGAGUCUUGUUGAUGAGAAAAAAAUUUCUAUCGUUGGAGUUUUUCCAAAAUUGUCUGGAGAGGAAUUUGAGAAUUUCACUGCUUUAGCUGAGAAGUUGCGGUCCGACUAUGACUUUGGUCAUACACUUGAUGCUAAACUCCUUCCUCGGGGUGAACCAGUCAGCCAACCAACUUUGCGCUUGUUUAAGCCUUUUGAUGAACUGUUUGUGGAUUCCCAGGAUUUUAAACUUGAGGCACUGGAGAAAUUUAUUGCAGAAUCUACAAUUCCAAUUGUGACUACAUGGAAUAGUGAUGCCAGCAAUUACCCGUAUAUCAACAAAUUCUUUGAGAGUUCCAAUGAUAAGGCCAUGCUUCUUGUAAACUUCAGCAAAGAGCAUGACGCUUUCCAGUCAAAAUAUAAGAAUGUCGCAACCCUUUACAAAGGGAAGGGCAUAAGUUUUCUGUUCGGUGAUGUCGAUUCCACUCGAAAUGCUUUCCAGUACUUUGGACUUGAGGUGGAACAGGCACCUCUGCUUAUUAUCCAGAAACCUGAUGGGCAGAAAUAUCUCAAAGCAAACAUAGAGCCUGAUCAGAUUGAAUCAUGGCUGAAAGAUUACACGGCUGGGCUGGUGGAGCCAUUUAUAAGGUCAGAGCCUAUUCCAGAAACCAACAAUGAACCUGUAAAGGUGGUUGUUCGUGACAGCCUGCAAGACGUGGUUUUCAACUCUGGAAAGAAUGUUCUGCUAGAAUUCUAUGCACCUUGGUGUGGACACUGCAAGCAGUUGGCUCCAAUCUUGGAAGAAGUUGCUGUCCACUUUGAGAAUGAUCCAAAUGUUGUAAUUGCAAAAUUUGAUGCAACUGUAAACGAUGUCCCAGGCGACACCUUUGACGUCCAAGGAUUCCCGACUGUGUACUUCAGGUCUGCGAGUGGUAACUUGUCGCAAUAUGAAGGGGAUAGGACAAAGGAAGAUAUCAUUAGCUUUAUUGAAAAGAAUCGGGAUAAGCCAGCCCAAUCAACUUCAGCCAAACCAGAUUCGGGAAUUUCUGAAACCAUCAAUGCAGAUUCUGUCAAGGAUGAGUUGUAAAGAGGUUGUACGAAAUGAGGUCGACUAUGAUGCAGCGGAUUUUAUUUAGUUUUGGCAGGUGCCUUUCGUCUUCCGUCCUCGACUUUUCUUGGUCAAAUAAAUCGGGUGUUUACCCAGUACUACUUGUAGGCAAGAGUUACUGGUUCUCUGCAGUUAGGAUGAGAUCCAAAGCAUGUAGUAGACUUAAUAAAUUAUCGACAAUCAUCAGAACCUCAAGUAAUAGAAAAAUUUUGAGUGUUGUUGCUCCUUUUGUAUCUUCA